AUGGAGAAAGGUUUGAUUUCUCAGACAGAGCAUCAGAGAAUCAUCAAACAUAACGUUGAAACUCCAAGAAUCUUACGCAUCUCCGUCACUGAUCCAUACGCCACAGAUUCAUCAUCCAGCGACGACGACGGAGAAGAAGAAGAAGAGAAUCACAACAGGACAAAGAAACGACGACGUGUCAAGAGAUACGUACGUGAAAUCACCUUCGAAACGCCGUCGUAUUCAACUGAACCACCCCAAAACGUUAAGUCAGCUUCGACGGAGAAGAAGAAGAAGUUCCGAGGAGUUCGGCAACGGCCGUGGGGUAAAUGGGCGGCGGAGAUACGCGACCCGACUCGCCGUGGACGGAGAUGGCUCGGAACUUUUAACACGGCGGAGGAAGCUGCUUUGGUUUACGAUCACGCCGCCGUACAGUUACAUGGUCUAUCCGCUAUCACUAAUUUUGCCACCGCCGCUUCAACUCCGCCGGAGCCACCGUGCACCUCCGCCAUAACUCAGUCUCCGGAUACAGUUCUCCGUUCACCGACUUCCCCCGGAAAUGAAGAUUUUUUACCUCCGGCACCGGAGAUGUUUUUCCCGCCAUUUGAUUCCGAUUUCAGUUCGUUGGAGAUUGCCGUUGAAGACUGUUUCUCUGUCGGGUUUAAUUUCUCAAGCCGCCACGUGGAGGAUCGUGUAUAUGAUUUGGGUGAUUUGUUCGGGUCGGGUCAAUUUCAAGAUUUUGAUGAUUUCUUCGGGUCGGAUCUUACUUAA